AUGGGACAUGUUACUGAGGGCGUAGAUGAAAAUGGGAAAAAGAUAUUAACAUGUCUAUACUGUGGCAAGAUAAUCAGAGGCGGAGAUGCACUAAAUGAAAUUGGGGCAAAAAAUAAACAAAAAGUUGAACUUUGUAAGAAUGUCAAUCCUUAUGGAGCUAGUGUACAACAAUUUGAGGGUGAUAUGUUAGAUGAAGAUUGUGAAGAGGUUUCUCCAUCUCCAGCUCCAGCUUCAAGCACUAAGAGAAAAAGACCUAUUGGGAUUGGUGGCUAUUUUGCUCCAAGGACUAAGCCUAGGUCUCAUCCCUCUAUUAAUAUUGUUUUAGCCGAAAAAGAAGCUAAGUGGAGAGUGAACAUGAUAGUUGCAAGGUUAUUUUAUGAUUCUUGCAUCCCAAUAAAUGUUAUUAAUUCAAUUUAUUUCCAGUCUAUGGUGGAUGCUAUAACUGUAAUUGGUCUUAGGUAUAAACUCUCAACUUAUCAUAGUUUGCGUGUAAAUUUAUUGAGAAAUACUAAGAAAGAAGUGCAAUUACUUGUUGAUGGUUACAAGAAAACUUGGGAAGAUAUUGGAUGUACUAUAAUGACUGAUGGAUGGACAGAUAUUUCACAUAGGUCACCAAUUAAUUUUCUAGUGUACUGUCCUAAAAGAGUGUGUUUUGUGAAAUCAAUGGAUGCUUCAGAUGUUGUAAAGGAUGUUGGAACAUUGUUCAACUUGUUUGAGGAAAUAGCUUUAUGGGUUGAACAAAACAAUAUUGUCCAUCUUGUCACUAACAAUGUAGCAAAUUAUAAAGCUACUGGAAGAAUGUUGUGUGAAAAAAUAGCAGUAUUAUUUGGUCUCCCUGUGCAACACAUUGCAUUAAUUUGA